AAGACUUAAAUGCCAGAGUUGUUUAUAUUUUAUCCUAGAGGCUAUGGAGAGCCACAGAAGCUUCUCAAGGCAGCUAUGCAGCAAACAGGUGGGGUUUGGACCUGGAAUCUGGAAAACCUUGCCUCAGAAAUUUACUCUGUGGUCCUAAGGGACCCCCAGACUGACAGGUGGAAGCCACGUGGAGCCAGGAGCAUUACUGCCAUGAUGCCCAGUCACAAGCCACAGGACAGGUACAAAGCAGUAUGGCUUAUCUUCUUCAUGCUGGGGCUGGGCACCCUGCUGCCAUGGAAUUUCUUUAUGACUGCCACUAUGUACUUCAAAAGUCGCCUGGGCCCACCUCAGAAUAACUCGGGUGCCUUGACAGAGGAAAACAGGGACCUCUUUGCUACCACAUCAUCACCCCCACUGAAGCCCAAUUUCCUAAACUCCAUUUUCAAUAAUGGCAUGACCAUAUGUGCCAUGCUUCCCCUCCUGGUCUUCACUUGUCUCAACUCUUUCCUGCAUCAGAGAAUUCCUCAGGCCCUGAGGAUCUUGGGCAGUAUGGUAGCCAUCUUGCUGAUGUUUGCCUUGACAGCCGUCCUGGUGAAAGUGGACCUUGAUCCCAUCGCCUUCUUCACGCUCACCAUGAUCCAGAUUGUUAUCAUCAGCUCAUCUGGAGCCAUUCUCCAGGGCAGCCUGUUUGGCCUGGCUGGCCUCCUGCCUGCCAGCUACACAGUUCCCAUCAUGAGUGGCCAGGGCCUGGCUGGAAUUUUUGCUGCUGUGGCCAUGAUCUUCACCAUUGCCAGUGGUUCAGAACUGGAACAAAGUGCUUUUGGCUACUUUAUCAUUGCCUGUGGGGUCACUGUCAUUUCUAUUUUAUGCUACUUGGUCCUGCCUCACCUGAAAUUCUACCAGUAUUACCAGCAAGCAAAGAUGGAGCCUGUUGGGGAGUGGGAAGCCAAAAUGGAUUUGAUUCGAAGAGGAAUGUUGCCGAAGUCCUACAGUUUUGACACCUCCGCACUAUGCCAUACUUCCUCUUGGGUAGUGUUACUGUCUUCGAUUUAUUUUUGUGGGGAAACAGAAGCCCAGAAAGGAGAAGGGACUUCCUCAAGUUCACAAAAGCCAGGAACCCAAGAGCUAGAAGGGACCUCCGUUGGCGGAGAGAACUCUGCCAAGAGUGGAGAAGAGGGAGGGAUGUCAAAGGCCAGCACAAAGAACUCCCCCUGUGAGAGGCCUUCCAUCAUAGCUAUUCUCAAACAGAUUUGGGUUCUGGCAUUGUCUGUCUGCUUUAUCUUCAUCAUCACCAUCUGUGUGUUCCCUUCUGUGACUGCUGAGGUCCAGUCCACCAUUGCGGGCACCAGUGACUGGAAAAAUUAUUUCAUUCCUGUCUCUUGCUUCUUCACUUUCAAUGUCUUUGACUGUGCUGGCCGGAGCUUUACUACUCUGUACAUGUGGCCGAAAAAGGACAGUGGAUGGCAACUUCCUGCCCUGGUGGUGGCGAGGAUUGUGUUUGUGCCAUUGCUGAUGCUGUGCAACGUACAUCCGAGGAAGAACCUGCCUGUGAUCUUCCACCAUGACGCCUGGUUCAUCAUCUUCAUGAUGUUCUUUGCCUUCUCCAAUGGCUACCUCGCCAGCCUCUGCAUGUGCUUUGCCCCCAAGACAGUGAAACCUUCAGAGGCUGAGGCUGCAGGUACAGUCAUGGUCUUCUUCCUCGCGCUGGGCCUGGCCCUAGGCUCCUUAUCGUCCUUACUGCUCCGGGUUAUAGUGUGACCACUUAGAAUCUUCCAGCCACCCUCCUUGCCCUGCCUCGUCCACUUCUGACCUCUAUUUUUUCACUAUGUGUGCUGGAGAAGGAGGAGCAGAACUUCUUUGGACACUGGGAACCAAAGAGCUAGAACUCUUAUCCUGGGGAAGGUUCCCAAAGGACAGCACAGUAGCUUCCUGAGGUAUUUGACUCAUUGACCAAUGGAACCCAUCUAUGGGUUAAAACAGUGUUUGUCUCCACACAGCUCUGUAUGUGUCUGUCCAUCCCCAUGUCUAUCCCUCUGUAUGUCCGUAACCGGUGUUAGGGGCAGGUGGAUGAGAUGAAGCAUUGCUUUAGGGUCAUAUUUUUUCUGGCCAUAUUUUUGCAUCCAUCUAGCCCCCAGCACUUUCCCUAUCCCCAGCCUUUCCAUGUAAUGUCUCAGGUUCAGUGCCAUUUAUUGCCUUUUUUAUACUCAAGACAGAAACCAGGUGCCACUUAGAGGCAUCAAAUAAAUCACUUGGGAUUUAUUUUUCCCUUCUUAAUGUUUCUUGUCAACUCCAUUCUGUGGAAGGAGUGGGGGGAAGGGGAGCAGACUGGAUAAGCCUGUUAUGGUUAUUUGGGGUGGGUAUCCUGAGGAAGAGAGGGCGUUCCCAGAUGAUCAUGGUAGGGGCAGGGCUGAGCUACACAAAACAUAUUUUUUGCCUUUAUAUGUAUGUGGGGAGGUGGGACAAUAGGGGGGCACCAAAUGGAGAUCCAAAGUAAUGUGUAAGAUUAGCUCUGGACUUAGAGCUAGGGCACCUGGGUUCUAGCCCUGCCUCUGAAUUAGCUGUAAGGCUUAGAUGAUUGGGGCCCUCCAUUCCCCCUCCAUGAGUCUGUUUACUCCUCUGUUAAACAAAAGGGUUGGGCUAGAUGACCCUUCCAGCUCUAACAGUGUAUGAGUUGGUCUCCCCUCCUGGCAUUGUAACUGAAGUGCUCCCAGAUGGUGCAGAAGGGGAGGGAUGGACCUAGAGUGCCAGGCCCUCCUGUCCAUCGAAGCAUCUGUUAAGUGUUUACUCUGUGUUGGGUACUGCCAGGCUUUUAGAAUGAUACCAAGAUCAUAGUAUCACAGCUCUGAGGUCAACUAGGUGGAGCAGUGGCUAGAAUGUUGGGCCUAGAGUCAGGAAGACUCAUCUUCCUGAGUUCAAA